CCUCGACGCUAACGAUAAAAACAGUUUUCUUCCUUCCUUCGAUCAGUCGCUCGCGAUACUCUCAUCUUCCUCAUCUGUCCCGAAGCUUCCCUGCCAUUAUGUUCUCUCUUCACGAGAUCGCCUUCCACGGCGAUCGAAUCGACACCUGCGUCACCGACGACCCGUCUGUCGUCACCCGCUGGAUCGUCGACGUCCAGCGCGCCCACCUGCUCUGGCUGAACCGGCUCGUCGUCGGGCUCGACAUCGAGUGGCGCCCGAACCUCGAGCCCGGCGUCGUCCACCCCGUGGCUAUCCUGCAGCUGUGCGUCGGCCGAAGUUGCCUCGUGUUCCAAAUCCUCCACGCCGAGUACGUCCCCGGGUCGCUCCACGCGUUUCUCGCCAACCUUUACUUCACGUUCGUCGGCGUCGGCAUCGAGGACGAUGCGGCGAAGCUGAGCCGCGACUUCGGGCUCGCCGUGGCGCGCACGGUUGAUCUCCGGACACUGGCGAUGAGAAAGUGGCGGAACCCGUCUUUUGGAUAUAUGGGGUUGAAGAAACUGGUUAAAGUCAUACUGCGCAAGGACCUCGAGAAGCCCAAGGAGAUCACGCUGAGCCAAUGGGACGACAAGGCUUUGACGGCUCGUCAGGUCGAGUACGCAUGUCUCGACGCGUUCGUCACGUUCGAGCUCGGAAUGGUUUUGCAAGCAUGGUCAGUGGGUCGAGCUCGGGUCGGUUGGUGCGCCGGGGCGAACCGCGUGGUCGUGCCCAGUAUGAUUUACCCUAUUAUGAUUCGUCAAGUUGGUUCAUGAACCAGACCACUGGUUAAAAAUUUUGCAGACAUUGAAUGAUUGGAUUGAAAUUUCUUUUUGGAAAUAGAGUUUUUUCUUUGUUGGC